AUGGCCCAAGCCGUAUAUGACGAACAUCCUCUUCAGAUGUACCUGAACGAACUCGGUGAAGCUUCCAAGUUGAUGCCUGGGGGAUCUGCCGACUUUCUCCCGCAAGACGACGAGUUUGACGCGCUCAGUGACGAGCAUACUGCAGUACCGCGGGAGCCAUCAUGGAUACUGGACAUCUUCGAAAUCCUUAGCAACCUCUUCACGACGCGUUUUUCUCAGCAACCCAGUCCGUUCAUCGAGCGUUUCAAGUACGAUGUGAUCUCCUCUUCCCUUCUAUCAUCAUCUCUAUCUGCCUCUCGCCGACCCUCUUCUCCUUGCAUCCCAGGCCAGCUCAGAAGCAAGAGCCGGUCGCGUAGCUUGGACUACAAUCAACCUCCUCUGCCUCAGGACGCUAACAUCAAGACAAACCAAUACUCGGAUGUAACGACCCGAUACAACCACGGACUCUUAGUGUUGGCAGUGGCGGCGUUCGGUGCGGGGUUCUACUUGUUGUCGGCGUUGGUGUUUGGGGCUGCUUACAUACAAGCAACCUCGGAGGGGACACAGAGACACGACAUGGCACCAACCAUGCAAAGUCUGGAAGAGCUCAUUAGCGCCAGCGAUGUAUGGGAUUCCGUUAUCCAUGAUGCAAUCCACCAGCUCGAGAAUGAAGAACGAAGUGUAUUCUAUGGCCCAACUACGCCGUCCUCUCCUUUAUCACACCUCCGCGUUGCCCUCAACUCCUCGUUACAUACUACCCAAUCCCAAUGCGACAAUAUACGACAACUUUUAUCCGCGUUAACCUCGCCCUCGGAGUUACCUCAACUUUCCGAGAUGUACGCUCCCCCCUCACCGACCAAGACUUCAUACGACCUCGAACCUUCUAGCCCGCGUCCCCUCUCCCUCUCAACAUCCCAGUCACCAUCAAGGCAGCGUACAGUAGCCGGCGGUUACAAUAAGCGAUCCACGUGGAACGGUUCUUACGCUUCCUUGGCAGUAGCUGGAAGCCCGCCUAUGCCCUCACGACGUCGAGAGAAACGGAGAUCUGAUUUGUCAACCCUUCUCAAGUCAUCGCUCUCUUCAACCAAGAGCUUCAGUGCGCCUACUACACCUUCAACUUCUGGUGCUACUCUUGCAGGUGUUAAGGAGGAGGACUCGGAUGCUGAAGCUGAGAAUGAGGCUUCGAGUAGUUACAUACCAUUCGGUGUUGCCGCUCUUGAUCUGCGGCGGAAACGACAAUCCGCUGGCAUGGAAGCUCUGGGCUUGUCGUCUAAACGCUCAUCGCCCUCAAUCAUGGCAUCAGGGUCUCAUUUCACCUCCCCUCACACCAACCGCCACCCCCUUUCCAUCUCCGCCCUCAAUCUCGCCCUUCAAGCCGCACUAUCAUCUAAGCGAUAUACAUGUUCUUAUCUCUUGGCUCUACGUUUCUUGGAUGAAGAAGACGAAGCCUAUUGGGAGAAUGUACGCUCUGUGAUGGGUCUGCUGGCAUCUACCUUUGCCGAUGCGUCCGCCCGGUUGUCAGAGUCCCUGGAUGAAGCAGAGGCACGCCGAGUCAAAGACCAGACACCAACUCCUGAGACCCAGUCACGACGGACUAGUUACAAUCCUGAAGAUAUAUUGUCUGAAGGUCUAUACAAAUCUUCCGUGUCGUCGAGUACUGGUCCAAGUACCCCGACGUUCGCUCCUAUGCCGAGUCAGCUAUCGAGAUUUGCACUUCACGUUGAAGCUAUCUCCACCGCUUUAACUGACGCUCGCGAAUAUCUUUUGCAAACGGUUACUACACUUCGGGAAGCGCCUCCUAAUACCCAAGUUCCCCAUCCGUCGCCUGACGAUCCACAAGGUCUUGCUGGCCUUGCUUCUCUUCAAUCAUACGAACGACUUCGCAGGGAGCUCGGCCUAGCGCUUCGCGAAUGCGAAAGAGGUCGAGAGCGUUUGCUUGACAUUGUUUCCCCUCACAAGCGCGCAGAGGAUCAGGAAGAACUUCCAGCCCUCGGUCAAGAUCACGGUAGUGAUUCUGAUAAGGCUGAAUCCUCUUUUCAGGUCGAUGACGAAACCCAUGUUAUGUCCCUUGACCUGGCCAUCCUGUCCCCUGACAAUGGGGAGCCAGAACCCACAGGUAUGGACGAUGCAACUGCUCAUCUGCUGUUGUCGACGUCUGCGCAACAUCUCCCUCCGAUUGGGGCCGAAGAGGUAUUCGAGAGUGACAGCGGCAGCAUGCCCGUGUUUACUCGAGAUCGGCCCAAGCUCUCCCGCGAGGAACGAAUUAAACUCAUGAAAGAGAAGAGGGAAAGCAGUGGUGGGAAGCUUGGAGUCGGUCUAGCCAUGAGCGUCGAUAGUGACGAAAGCGGCGUGGAAAAAUGGGGUCCUACCGGCGAUGUUGUACAGGAACUCAAGGAUGUGAUCUGGAAGGUUGGCGAGAAACGACGUAAAAUGGUGGCGCCCGAAACUACCGAGGCCCUGUCGCCACAACCACCACCCGCUACAUCAAUACCCAUGCACACCGAGUUCGAAAUCGAAUCUUCAUGA